AUGAUCAUGGCAUCAGCGGAUAAGUCCAAGUUUCAGUUCCAAGAUAGACCUGUCGACCAGGGGCGUGAGAUCAGAGCUCUCAUCAUUGGAGCCGGUGUAUCUGGGAUCGGCACGUACAUUCGCCUCAAGCAGUAUGUUCCCAACAUCAAGAUCACAAUUGUAGAGAAGAAUCCCUCAGUUGGUGGCACAUGGUACGAGAACCGCUACCCGGGAGUCGCAUGCGACAUCCCUUCCGCGGUGUAUCAAUACACGUUUGAGCCAAACACGCAGUGGUCCAAGUACUUCUCACCAGGAGCCGAGAUCCAAGAUUACGUGAAGGGGGUGGCGAGGAAGUAUGGCGUGUCUGAGAACGUGCAUUACAACUCCAAAGUCACCGGAGCAACUUGGGAUCAGGACGUCGGCGUUUGGAAUGUCGAACUGGAAACGUCGAGCGCGGACGGUGUCAAAUCCAGGCAAAGUCUCGAGACAGAAGUUGUGAUCAGUGCCACCGGGUUGCUGAACAAGUGGAAGUGGCCUAGCAUCGCCGGUCUCGACAAGUUCCAAGGCAAGCUCCUUCACUCCGCGGAUUGGGACAGCUCGUGGGACUGGACGGACCGGAAAGUCGCCUUGAUAGGCUGCGGCUCGUCAGCCAUUCAGAUACUUCCCAAACUGCAAGCCAAAGCGUCGGCAGUGUACAACUUCGCCCGUGGCGGAACAUGGAUCAGCCAGCCGUUCGGGGGAAGCUUCACCACAGACACCAUUGCAAAGGGUGACGAACCGGGGAACUACACCUACACGGCGGAGGAACUGCACCGGUUCGCCAACGACAAGGAGUACUACAAGACGUUCCGCAAGUCCAUGGAGCGAUUCAUCAACAUGGACUACCCGUGCCUGUUUCCCGGGUCGCCCGAAGAAAUCGCCGGCACCGAAGCCAUCAUGUCCAACAUGAAGACCAAGCUGGCCAGUAAACCGGAAGUGUACGCGGCGCUGAAGCCCAAGUUUGUGCCUGGGUGCAGGAGAUUGACUCCUGGCCCUGGCUACCUCGAGGCUCUAACUCAGGACAAUGUGGACUUUAUAACUACGCCGAUCGAAAAGGUGACUGAGAAUGGCAUAUUGACUUCCGACGGUAAAGAGUACCAAGUUGACGCGAUCGCCUGUGCCACGGGCUUCGACACGUCCUUCAUGCCCCGAUUCCCCAUCGUCGGACGCGACGGCGUCUCUGUCGCGGACGCAUGGUCGCACCACGCAUCGGCGUACAUGUCUCAUUCGGUCCCCGGGUUCCCCAACUACUUCUUCACAGGCGGUCCCAACUCCGCCACGGGCGGCGGGAGCCUGCUCAUCAUCUUCGAGAGCAUCAUCGGGUACGUGGUCAAGGCGGUCCAAAAACUUUCGCGCGAACAUCUACGCAGCAUCGAAGUUAAACCUGCCGCGCUGGACAGUUGGAACAGGUACCUGGAUGUCUAUUUCCCGCGGACCGUGCACGUGGAUGACUGCACGAGCUGGUACAAGGUCAAUGGAAAGAUCACGGGUUUGUGGCCAGGCAGUAGUUUGCACGCCCGCGCGACCCUGGAAACCCCCAGGUGGGAGGACUACGAGUAUGAGAGUAUACCUGGCCAUGACUCUCUAGAGUGGCUGGGCAACGGGUGGACGAUCGCGGACAGGGAGAGGGGAGAUCUCAGUUUCUACCUGGACGAGGUGGAUUAUCCGCCUGUACCGGAGCAUAAGUGA